AAAUCGAUUGUAAUAAAAUAUAUGUCCAAAUACUGUGUUGCUGCCCAUAACAUCUGUGCAACUGCUGAUUUCGCCCCUAAAUUAUUAUAUUGCAGUGAUGACGCUGAAGCAAGAGGAUUUAGGAUGAUUAUCAUGGAAUACCUUGAUGGUACUGCACUUGACCAAAGAUUUAAUAAAGGAGAUACCAUAGAUGUGUCUCAUAGUUUGACUAUUUAUAGAGAUGUGAAGUUUGCUAUUAAUGAACUACAUAAUAAAAACUUUGUGUUUGCAAAUCUUCGCCCUCCAAACAUUCUGAUCUUUGGAACAGGGAAGAACUGCAUACUAACCUCAUUGACUUUGAUUGGUGUGGAAGACACGAUGUGGACAGUUAUCCAUCAUCAAUGA